CUACUGCCUCUUUAGUACCCCCUGCUGCAGAGAAGGAAAAUUACACCGGGAUCCAUGCAGCCUGCAAUGAUGAUGUUUUCCAGUAAAUACUGGGCAAGAAGAGGGUUUUCUCUGGAUUCAGCGCUGCCCGAAGAGCAUCAGCUACUUGGCAGCUUAACUGUUUCUACCUUUCUGAAGCUAAAUAAAGCUAGCUCCGGCAAAAGUGAUGAUAAAAAAGGCAACAAGGGCAGCAGCAAAAGUGAAACCGCUACUGAAAGUGGCAAGACGGCGGUUGUGUUCUCCUUGAAAAACGAAGUGGGUGGACUGGUCAAAGUGCUGAAACUCUUUCAGGAAAAGCAUGUCAACAUGCUUCACAUCGAGUCCAGGAGGUCCCGGCGAAGGGGUUCGGAGGUGGAGAUCUUCGUGGACUGCGAGUGUGGCAAAACGGAAUUCAACGAGCUCAUUCAGUUGCUGAAAUUUCAAACGACAAUUGUGACGCUGAACCCGCCGGAGAACAUUUGGACAGAGGAAGAAGAGCUAGAGGAUGUGCCCUGGUUCCCCCGGAAGAUCUCUGAAUUAGACAAAUGCUCUCACAGAGUUCUCAUGUAUGGUUCUGAGCUUGAUGCUGAUCACCCAGGAUUUAAGGACAAUGUCUAUCGACAGAGAAGAAAGUAUUUUGUGGAUGUGGCCAUGAGUUAUAAAUAUGGCCAGCCCAUCCCCAGGGUGGAGUACACGGAGGAAGAAACUAAAACCUGGGGUGUUGUGUUCCGGGAGCUCUCCAAACUCUACCCGACUCACGCUUGCCGGGAGUAUUUGAGAAACUUCCCUCUGCUGUCUAAAUACUGCGGCUACCGGGAGGACAAUGUGCCUCAGCUCGAAGACGUCUCCGUGUUUCUGAAAGAAAGAUCUGGCUUCACGGUGAGGCCGGUGGCUGGAUAUCUGAGUCCCCGAGACUUUCUGGCAGGACUGGCCUACAGGGUGUUCCACUGCACCCAGUACAUCCGACAUGGCUCGGACCCCCUCUACACCCCAGAACCGGACACGUGUCACGAACUGCUGGGACAUGUUCCACUACUUGCAGAUCCUAAGUUUGCUCAAUUUUCACAAGAAAUAGGCCUGGCGUCUCUGGGAGCAUCAGAUGAAGAUGUUCAAAAACUUGCCACGUGCUAUUUCUUUACAAUUGAGUUUGGCCUUUGCAAGCAAGAAGGGCAACUGCGGGCAUACGGAGCAGGACUGCUUUCUUCCAUUGGAGAAUUGAAGCAUGCUCUUUCCGACGAGGCUCGCGUGAGAGCCUUCGACCCAAAGACGACGUGCUUACAGGAGUGCCUUAUCACCACCUUCCAAGAAGCCUACUUUGUUUCGGAAAGUUUUGAAGAAGCCAAAGAAAAGAUGAGGGACUUUGCAAAGUCCAUCACCCGCCCCUUCUCAGUAUACUUCAACCCCUACACACAGAGUGUGGAAAUUCUGAAGGACACCAGGAGCAUUGAAAACGUGGUGCAGGACCUCCGCAGCGAUCUGAACACCGUGUGUGAUGCCUUGAACAAAAUGAACCAGUAUCUGGGGAUCUGACGCCUGGGACCAGCGUUGUUGCCAGCGUCGUCUGUUGGGGGCUUAGUGUCAAUGUCAUAUAAGACCAAUAACUUUCUGUGUCAUGGCUUGGCUAGUAGGCAUGCAAUUACGUGUAUCUCUACCUACUUGUAACUUCCUGUGCUAGUGACAGGUCACCACUCAUCAUAUGAAAGAUUGUAAUACGUUUAAAUGUCUUAAAUCGGUUUGACAUUCCUGCUUAGUGUCUUUAACCAAAUUGCAUCUAUUUAAAAUUUGUAACGCGCAGCCCUCUUAGGAUUCUAGGUUUUGACCUCCUCUUUCUCAGAUCGGCCAUUAGAUACAAUGAAAAGAGCGGUGUCACUGUUUCCGUUUGCCAUAGUUCUGAUACCGAUAUCCCGCAGCAUCACUGGAGAUAAACCCAGAACCGUAUGAAACAUCCCAUCACAUUAACAAGGAUUCACUAUUCUGUUUCAGAAAUUGUUGAGGUAACACACUAGCAGUGGUUCUCAACCUUCUCAAUGCCAUGA